GCUACUAAAAUUAAAAUAUGAGAGAGUGUGUAUUUGCCGUGUCUUUCCAAAUCAAUUCCAAAGUCGAUGCGCAGGUUUAAAAUAAAUGGGGAGGUAGCCGUUGUACUGCUCGUGUCUAUAUACUGUUAAGACGUGGGGUUGAACUAAAGAAAAUAACUCACCAAUUCUCAGAUCGCUGGUAUCUCUCCGAUUGCAGAAGCACACUUCAACUAUGAUAAAUCAAUAUCCCCGAUAAAAAGAAAUAAUGUCACAAUCUCCAAAUCAAAUUUACAUAUCCCGAUUCACUAAUACAAUAGAAAACAAUCCUCAAUCCUCAGUCAAGAAAUCCAAAACUCAUCACUAAAGUUUCUUAACACAUUUACACACUAGUUCAAGUCAUUUACGUCCAACAGAAUAAACAAAAAUUGACCUACUUUGCACGUGAAAAAAACAAAUGGUCAGUCAGGGAGGAACAGGGUUACAACAAUACAUUAAUUUCAGAUCUAUACAUUUCUGCCUAACCCUAACCCAGCUUUAGAAUGAGUCAAAAACAGUUGACCUAUUUAGGGUCCUUCCUAAACUAAAUCUUGGGCUUGUAAUACAGAGGUUUUAUCUAAUGGUGAUGCCCUCAAAUUGGAAAACAAGUAUUUUGUACAGAAAGUCAAUGAAUAAUACUUAGCUCUAUACAGAGAGUACUCUUCAUUUCUUUGUGGUCUUUACUCUUAAUUGUGUAUGUAGUCAUCUUUUCUGUAGACUAAGAUUGAGUACAAGAAAGAAUGACAGCUAGGUCAGAAAUUGUUUACCUUUACCUAUCACUUAGUCUGUUGGACCGAUGGGGCACCAUGCAAGAUUCGUCGACCGUCUUUCUCCAUUCCUCUGUCUUUUGCCUUAGUUAGGUCAGAAAUUUAGAUAUGAAAAAAAAGGAAGACUAGACGCACAGAAAGUAAGACUACAGACAAAGAAAUAAAGACUACAGACAAAGAAAGGAAGACUACAGACAAAGAAAUAAAAACUACAGACAAAGAAAUAAAGACUACAGACAAAGAAAUAAAGACUGCAGACAAAUAAAGGAAGACUACAGACAAAGAAAGGAAGACUACAGACAAAGAAAGGAAGACUGCAGGCAAGGGAGUUUAGUUACAAAUAUUAAUGCCAUGGAUCUACUUUCAGUUUGUUUGUGAAAUAUAGAAAGUACUCUAAACAUGCUGAUAUCAAUAUUGGAUUCAGUUACCUUGAAUUUCCAGCCGUGACAGUCUGUAACGUGAACAUAAUGAGAAAGUCUAUGGUGAAGCAGUCAUCCAAAGAGCUGCAACAGUUUGUCUCUAAACUAAAUACAAAAGACUGGAUAGCCAAGGCGGCCAACACAAGCUCAACUUCGACUACAGCCACAACGGCACCUAAGAAUAUUGUUAAGAGAGCGGCAAAUACGACGUAUACAAAUGCUGGAAAUAGUGGUACAGACGCUGGCAAUGAUGGUACAGACACUGGCAAUGAUGGUACGGACACAACAAACUAUGAUUAUAAUGACGACUCUGUCCCAAGCAGUGAUUACGAAGAGAACCCCUACGUUGAUGAUUACGUAAUUCGACAAAAAAUUUUGAAAUCGUUCUUGGACAGUUUUGAUGAUGGUUUCAACUGGCAACAAGAUGUAUACGAAGAUCUCUUUUACAAAUCGUACAGUAGCGAAUCCUGGGAGGCUGUUUCCAGCAGAUCCACAAUUGCAACAUUGGUGGAGAAUUUCAAAGAUCUUUACAGUAUCAUGAACAUAACCCAGCAAAAAAAUGUCAGCCAUCAGGUUCACGACAUGCUCAGACAAUGUUCAUUCGCCACGAGAACAUGUGAAAACUCCUAUAAACAAACAACGAAUUCAGAAUUUGGAAAUUGUUACACUAUACAAGACUCACGAUACAUUUCAAAGAAGAGUGGACCAGCUGGAGGUCUUGAAUUAAUUUUGUAUUUGGAAAAUGACGAGUACCUGCCCUUGGUCACCAGUGGUAGAGGCGCUCACGUUAUAAUCCAUGACCGGAACACUGUUCCACUUCCAGAAGAAGAGGGCAUCGCUAUAUCUGUGGGACAACAAACUAUGAUUGCCCUUAAAGAGAUUAGAAUAAGUCGGCUGGGUGGUAAAUAUGCUGCUUGUAAAGAUGUGGAUGAAUUUUACAGGAGCUACGGUGUCAGGUUCACGAUAAAUCUGUGUCAGAAAAUGUGUCUCCUGAGACAGAUCUACGAGAAGUGUAAGUGUCUUGACACACACUACAACUAUAUCAAUGUCUUGAUGAAGUUCGUUGACAAUAAGACCUGUCUCACAAAAGAGGGUUAGUUAUGACGUUGUAUUCGUACUUUUUUUCUUUUCCGAAAGUAAACCAUCUAAUUUUUUAAAGUAUAUACGCAAGCAGAUUUUUCAAAAAAAUAACACCACUUUCAAUGACAAACUUCAGGGGAAGAAAGUCUUAUUAAAACUUUCAUAAGCUUCUUCAUAAAUAAAUCAAUCUUUAUUAAUAGAUUCGCGCAUUGGUACAAAAAAGUGCAUCUAAGGUCACGAUUGAAAAAGUAUCAAUGCAUCAUUAUAAAAUACAUUUUCCAUUUAUUAACUAAUUCAUUUGUUUUGUUUUGUUUUACAUGUUUCGGAUGUUCCUUCAGAGUUGUAGAUAAUUACUUCCUAGUCCAAACCUCCCGCAGGACGACGAGGGAUGGGAGCGGGCAGGGCUUGAACCUGGGACCAUCGAUAAAUCUGAACGACAGUCCAGCGUGCAAACCGCACGACCAGGCAGCCAUCCAUGCAAUAGAAUACUGAUUCGAAUGUUGUUUUUAAAAAGAAUUUUAAUACGCACUUCGUUUCAAUUCUAAGUUAAAAAACUUUUAUAUCUCUCAGUUUUCACACAUCGUCAUUAGGCUAUACACUUGUAAACAAUCUAAAUUACAAUAAAUAGAGGCCAUAUCUAUAUAGAUCUAUAUUUAUAAUACGAGUUCUAGUCUAGUUAUAGUAGAUUCUAUAUUAAGAUUCUGUAUCUAGAUCUAGGCUUAGAUAUAAAUUUAGAUCUAACUCUAGAUCUAGACUUAGAUAUACUUAGAUCUAACUCUAGAUCUAGACUUAGAGACUAAGAUCUUUUUCUAGAUCUAAACUUAGAGACUUAGAGAUCUAUUUCUAGAUCUAGACUUAGACUUAUAUCUUGAAUCUAGAUUUAGAUCUAAAACUAGGUCUAGAUCUAGCUAGCUCAAUGUCUAGUUUGUAUGACAAAUGACAAUGGAGAUAUUAAUUUUUAUUUGCGAGGGGAAAGUCUUGUCAUCUGUACACAAUUGAAGCUUAAAGAAGUUCAAGAAUUUUAUUUUCAUGUUGCCAAUUUAUCUAAUUUUGUUAGAAGAAUAAAUCUUUUUUAGUUUCUUUUUUUUUUACAAUGUUACAUGUUAUUAAUUUUGAACUUAUGGAUAAGGUUACUAAUUAUUAUUUUAAAAAAUAUAAGUGUAGGCUAAUUAAUAUAUGGAGAUGCUGUGGUUGAGGGGU